AUGAACAACACAACCACCAAUUCGACGACAGAUGAGCCUCCGUGGAAUAGCACUCCAACAUGGAAGUUGCCUGGCUGGACUGAGCCAUUGCCUUGGAUGUACAAAUCAGUCCUGGACGGCGACGACGCUGCUUGCUCAUCAGACGAGCUCCUGGUUCAUCAGGAAGGCGAUGAGAUUGACACACAAAAAUGCAUGGCUACAACAAAGCACUCGCCCAAGACACGAAGAUUGUUCGGUCUCACGUUCAGAACACCCAACACCUCCAGGUUCAAGAACAACGUCCACAGUCGAGUGCUUCAGCGCUUUCCGUUCCUGUUGGAAAUGUUCUACUGGGUCAUAAACUACGCCUUCUAUCGUAUGACGGCCAUCCUAUCGCAACAAAUAUUCGCUGGUCCAGGUAUCUGGACAGUAGCUGAGAGACAUGGACUUGCUAUCCUGGAGUUCGAGCAACGCGGGUUCCUCAACUCUUUGUUCCCUAGUGAGCUGAAAGUGCAACAAUGGUUCAUGCAGAACCACCGAGAUGCAUUGAGUUCAUUGAACAAGGUCUACGCGUUGAUACACAUACCUGGUACGGUGGGCUUCAUCGCAUGGUAUUACUACGUCGCACCAUCGCAUUCCAUCUUCGCAAGGGUGCGCCGCACCAUGAACUUGACCAACUUUAUGGCCUUCACAACAUACAUCUUCUAUCCUUGCAUGCCUCCGCGGCUGUUGCCAAAAGAGUAUGGAUUCCUGGAUACAGUCAGGCAUGAUGAUGCGCAGUCAGUGUGGAUGAGCGGCAAGUACGUCAACAGUCUCGCAGCUAUGCCGAGUAUGCACUUUGGAUAUGCAUUCUGUGUCGGCUGCACCAUAAUCUACCAUUCAGGGGUCUUCCGUAGAAAGCUAGAGCAUGGCGAGUUGAGCAAGUCCUGGGCAUGCAAGUCCUUCUACNNCCUCAUGCUUGGAGUAGGUUAUCCGAUGUUGAUCUUGACUGCCAUCAUAGCGACGGCCAACCACUACUUCCUGGACGCUUUGGUUGCGACGGCGUAUGUUUUAGCGGCGUUCAUGAGUAACAGGGUGUUUUGUGUGUUUGUUCCUCUCGAGGACUGGUUGUUGUGGGCAAUCCGCGCAGAGAGACCAGUUCCCAGUACCGGCGAGAGAUUCAAAGAAGCAGAUUAUCGCUUGUAA